UGUGUGUCAGGUGUGUGUGUGUGCGCACGCGUGUGUGUGUGUCACAUGUGAGUGUGUGUGUGUCAGGUGUGUGUGCCACAGUAGUAACAGGGCCUCCGUAACCACCAAGUGUCACGUGUCAUCUCCCUCACUUGACGCUGCUGUGCGUUACUACACCUGUGCAUUGUAACAACUGAGUGUUAUAACACCUGUGAGUCACUAAUCUGUGUGGUGCAACACCUGUGCGUCAUAAGGACUGCAUUGCUACACCUGUGCGUCACUUCAUCAGUGUAUCGUAAAACGUGUGCGUCACGUCAUCAGUGUCGUAACACCAGUGCGUCACGUCAUCAGUGUAUCGUAACACCAGUGCGUCACGUCAUCAGUGUAUCGUAACACCAGUGCGUCACGUCAUCAGUGUAUCGUAACACCAGUGCGUCACUUCACUAUGAUGCUUUCUGCGUAUUUUGACCAGUACCCGGCUCACCUCGCUGCUGCAGCGCGGCGCCAGGCGGGCCACCAGCAGCCUUCACGCCCCAGUAUGGCCGCCCCGCCACCUCCAGGCUCUGACGCGGGCCGCACCUACACCCUCACGGAGGCCUCAGACGACUACCUCCACGACCCUCACCCUACACCCCCUGUCAGCCUUAACCCUACCAAGGAGCUGCUUCAGGUUGUUGACGGUGACGAGGAACACGCGUCUGUUGACACCUACAGCGUCCCUCUAGCCCCCAACACCCCUCCCGCCCCCUCUAACGGCUGUCCUGUUCACGACCCCUCCCACGCCCACAUCCCCCCUCAUAUAAACGCCCACGCCCAUCAGGCUUGGUCGUCAGGAGGCAGCUCCAAGUCCUCAGCAGCAGACUCCCAGCUGCUACACUGUGGCAUCUGCACCCGGCGAUACUCCAACCCCAAGGUGAGCUCACCACACCCAUCACGUUACUGAACAAAGGACCAACAC